UCUCAGUUGGACAGUGGGUCAAUCUGACGUUAUUCAAUAGUACCCGACUCGCCUCAUUUCUUUAAAGAAGCAAAGCGCAGCUUGCAGAGUAACACCAUGGCAACAGAGGGAGAUCCUACAAAUUUGAUCAAAGUGCUACACCUUCUGGUGCUCUCUUUCUCCUGGGGCAUGCAGAUGUGGGUCUCCUUCAUUGCAGGUUUUGCAUUGGUGAAGCAGGUAACUCUCCACACCUUUGGUCUGGUGCAGAGUAAACUCUUCCCUGUAUACUUCUACUGUCUGCUGGGCAGCAACUUUGUCAGCCUGGCUGUGUAUGCUGUGUAUCACCCCAGAGAGCUGCUGGACUGGCACGAAAGUUUGCAGAUGGCUCUGUACUUUGUGGCGUUGAUCAUGGCUGGUCUCAACGCCCAGUGGUUUGGCCCAGCAGCCACUGAGGUGAUGUUCCAGACGAGGGAGGUAGAGAAGGAGCAUGGCCUGGGGAACCAGAUCGGCCUUGGCAGCCAGAAAGAGGCUUAUGCCAAACUCAAAGAGCAGGACCCCAAGUACAAAGCACUCAAGAGGACGUUUGGCCGCUACCAUGGGUUGUCCAGCCUUUGCAACCUGAUUGGGUUCAUCUGCACCACAACUAAUUUGAUCUACACAGCUCUGAAUUUGUCUACAAUUUAGAGAAAAUUAGGUUUCAGGAUUCAAUUAAUGAAAAGUACCCAACCAUCCAUUGCUGCUGCAGCAUUAAAUAUGUCAUAGCAAAUAUAAUGUGAGGAGUCAAGAGAGCCAGAAUACUGUUUAUGGGCUUGAGUUGAAUAUGCCCACAAAUAAGUGUAAGUGACAUUAUGUACUAUAAAUUACACAGAAUUUUGCAUCACUUUAGUAAUAACUGAUGAAGCUACAGCUGUCUUAAAGUGUCCUUAUGAGUGAGUGUGCCCAAAAAAUCAUCAUUGCUGUUCACUUUUAUCUGGCUCUCAAUUAAGUUAGCAUUUAAUUAAUGCUCUCUCACAGAGUAUUACAUAUUUUUGUAUACAUCUAUUUUCAUAUUAUUUCAAAUGACUCUGUGAAGAACAGUAUUUUUUUUUAAACAUGCUUAGUAAAAUUUAAUCAAUAAACUUUAGGUCCUGUGUCAGCAGUUUACUUGCAUCACCAGCAGGGGGAGAUGUUUGGGCACAGGUGUAUUUAGAGAAAAGUUUGUAUUUCCAAUGGUGAGCUCACAACAGCUAACCCUGCAUUUCAUUUGUGAAAUGUUUUUGAUUUUAUUAUGGAAAUGUAUCACAAAUAUCUCCUCCAUGCAUGUCUUAAAGCAAAUGAAAACCCACUGCUUAGAAUAAUCAAUGUCUAAUAUGUUUGUUUUUGAACAUACAUUUAGAAGUUCAGUCACAUCUACAGUACUCUCUGUCUCUCAUUAGGAAAUUUUAACUGCUGUACACAAGAUGUCUCCUACUUAACUGAAAAGAAUAUUUGUGGAAGUUGCCUUCCAACCUAGUUACGUUACAAUCAAAUUGAAACUGAGAUUUAAUGUGAACACCGUGAAACCUUCUCCUUUUAGAAAAUGAAUAUGAAAACCUUUUCUUGUCAAACUGCACAGACAUUGUUGAAUUAACACAGGAAGAUUAAACAACAUAUUGU